AUGCUGGCUACCACGGCUCUGAGCCACUGUAGACCGGUGUUAAUGGCUGAUAAAGAGCUGGCCGUAAGAUCUGACGAUGACGGUUUCUUUAAAGGAUACGGCACAUUCUUCCACCCAGCUUCUGAGGGAGGUCCUCUUGGAUCGUGUGGGCCAUGGGAAGAUGAUGAUAGUCCGAUUGUUGCAUUGAACUUGGAUCAAUACGGCAAUGAAAAUGGCAAGAGUGAAUGGUGCUUUAAGAAAGUAUUGAUUACAUACAAAGGAAGAUCAACCGUGGCCACCAUUACGGAUGCCUGUCCUGGUUGCAGUUACAAUUCGCUUGAUCUCACUCCUUCAGUCUUUGCAGAAUUAGAAGACUUUAAAGUGGGGGUGAUUGAUAUUGUAUGGUGUGUCCUAGGCGAAGACGACUGUGACGAGUAG